AUGAAGACCGCAGCUGUUCUAGCCCUGCUCGCCAGCGCUGGCCUUGUUUCUAGCAUCAUUGCCCCCAUCCGUCGCCGGCAAUCUUCCGAUCCGUCAUCUCUCAUUUCGACCCAAAAUGGAGUCACGUUCGAGGUCGAGAUUCAAAUCAACAACCAGACCUUCUAUGUCAUCCCCGACACGGGCAGCAGCGAUCUCUGGGUCCCAGUAGCCGACUUCCAGUGUGUCCAUCCAGCCAGUAACUACGAAAUUCCGCAGGAAGAAUGUCACUUUGCAAACAUGUUCCAGGUGCCGAAUACAACCGAAUACGUCGCAAAUCAAACUUUUGGCGUGCAGUACGGCACCGGAAUAGCCCUGGGAAAAGUGGCAUACACCAAUGUUACACUCAAUGGCAUCAAGAUUGAGCAUCAGAAGAUCGGCCUCGUCGACCGCAGCAGCGACAUGGGCGACGGAAUAGGGAGUGGCGUCCUAGGCCUGGGAUUCCCUUCCUUGACGUCCGCCCAUCCCGGCUCGGAGCUCGACAACAGCACAUUGCUGCUCAACCGUGCCGUCUACGACCCGGUGUUCGUUGGAAUGUACAAGCAAGGGCUCGUGGCACCGUGGUACAGCUUCGCGAUCGAGCGACCGCUCAAAAAUUCGACGACCGGCCCGGGCGGAUGGCUUGGCCUGGGAGAACUACCGCCGGUGGCGCAUUCGGAUGUUUGGGCAACUAAGCCCAUCGAGGUCACAGAGGGCCUUCCCGAUGUAUUGACCGGCAGAGUGCGUCAGAUCACGCUCAUGACGUUGACUGUGGAUGGUAUCACCUGGGGCAGCUCUCCAUCAACGGGCUCUCACACCACUAAUUCAACUGCGUUCCAGGCCGUGGUCGACACCGGCAACCACUUGAACCUGCUUCCCACUACCAUUGCAGAGGCUGUCAAUAAUGCUUUCAGCCCUCCGGGAGUGUUUGAUGCGGAUUCCCGUGUAUACAAUGUACAUUGCAACGCCACACCCCCGGAGUUUGGCGUGGUUCUGGACGGAAAGACGUUCUGGCAUCAGAAUGAGGAUCUCAUUUACCGUCGUGUGGACGGACCCUGCUUCUCAAGUAUUGCGCCUACUGCAGAGGGUGAUGAUGUUGGUCUCAACUUCCUGGGAGACGCUUUUCUGAGGAAUGUUGUGUCCGUAUUUGACUUUGGGAGGGAGGAGAUGCGUUUCGCUUCCAGGGUCGACAGCAGUUCUGACCCAGCUCCGACGUACAUCUCAGGCACUAUCAGUCGAAAUUGUGGCGCGGAAUGGUAG